CAAAAGAGUCACAACCGGAUGUGUGAUCAUCGGUGCUUUGUCUGCGCGUUCGUCGAGCUAACAGCCCAUCGCUUCAUUUCUAGAAAAUAGUAAAGAUGUCUGGGCCAUCAAACCUCGUUGCGAUGAAGAAAGUUGUCCAGCAGCUACGUUUGGAAGCGAGCAUAAACAGAGUGAAGGUGUCCCAGGCAGCUGCAGACCUUCAGCAGUUCUGCAUGCAGAAUGCCCUCCAUGACCCCCUGCUCACCGGGGUCUCCUCCAGCACAAACCCCUUCAGACCACAGAAGGUGUGCUCCUUCUUGUGAGAAUGACCCAUAGGACAGACAGACCGCAGCAUUCUUUGGCCUUCGUUUUGAUGCUACAGGGAAAAAGUUGACCUCAACACUGCUCCUCAUUGCCAACGGCAAUCCACUGCCACCGAAUCUUAUGAAGUGUAGAACAUGUCAGGAAGACUUGCCAUCUAUUUUCAGCCAACCACCUUAGAGGAUACGAUGAGACGGGUUUAUUUUUCAUGGCACAGUGUGGUUUUCAAGUAAAUUAUUGUGCCUUUUCUAUGAUUCUAUUUUAUUCAUCAUUGUUCUUGACUUUUUGUAUUUAGAAAUUAACACUUCUUUCUCUA